AUGCUGGACUACAUUAUAAAUCAAAGUUGCGACGAAAAACGUGUUGUGGACGUUGUUCAUGUUGGACAAAGCUCAAAGGUACGGAAAAUUGAUUGAACUGAAGACACCUUGAACACACAAAAAGACCACGCCAUUGCUUAGACAUGAAAUCUGAGUACAACUAAGGCAUGAUAGAAUGAGAAGGACUUAAAUCAUUUACAUAGCUUUUUUGUCAAUAUAAAAGACUCUGAACAUCUAACAAUAAUAAUGCAACGGUUUAGUCUGGUGUCAAAUUUAGGAACAAUUAUAUUCAUGUUCAAGUGUGAUGUUAUAAUGUUGAAGUUGCUACAUAGAUAAUUGGCUGUAGAACCACAAUAUCAUCGUAUUUUUCCAGACACCAUCAAGGCAAUUUUUAAGAUUGUAACUUCAAAGACAAUUUAAUUGAGCCCACAGAGUUUUGUUAAGGUGAUCACUGGUCACUAUUACAGACACUGGUACUGACUUUAUUGUAGCCAGUGCCUGUAAUCAAGAGGCUUCGUUGGUCUGUGAACCUCAUAUAUGACUGAUUUUGUAGAUUUUUUGUUAGUUAUAUAUAGAAACUGACAAUGUGUCAUUCUUUGUGAAAAAAUAGCAGUUGUAAAGCAUUAAAAGCAAAGAGUGUCCUUCAUGGUACAACAUGGCCAAAGAUUCUGAGGUUUAAUGUUGCAGUCACUUAUGUUAUACAGUAUUUUUAUAAAUUUCGGGGUGUGAUUCUAUCCAGGGAACUAAUUUCUUAGAAUUUUCAUGGCCCAUGAAAUCAACGUAUAUGGUUUCAUGGCCCAACAUGGCACAUAUUUAAUGGUAUAUUGAUAAACCAUGAAAUCAAAGUUAUCAUUUCUCAUUUUUUACGACCCCUGAAAUCUCUGAGUGUAAUUUUCAUGGCCCAUGGAAUCUAUAACACACCAACUUUUCAUGGUUCAUGAACCCUGGUGGCAGAUAUUUCAUGGCAAUUUCAUGAGCCAUGAAACCCAUUAUCAACUUUUCAUAGAAAAUUCAUGGCCUGAAAAAUAGGCCAUGAAAAUGAAAUAUCUGUAUUCAGGGCCCUGAAAAAUGCUUUCCUGGGUUUUUAAUGGCAUUUUCAUGGGAUUUUCAUAAUAUUGCAGUUCAUAGUCAAGCCUCGCCAAGAAUCAGGUCCGUGCGAUAACUUCAUAUGCGAGAUAUCUGGAACAACAUUUCACCCAAAUUUAUAAAGCUUUGUACUGGCAUGCAUGCUUUGAGAAGCACAAAAUAUGGCCGCCAGAAUCAACGGACAGAAACAUCUGUUGCUGAGUUUUCCUACAGAUGCGUGAACUCAUCGCUUAAGGAACUCAUGAAGAUUAAAGUUAACUAUUUAUUCUGAGACAAGGAAUGUUUAGCGAGCAAAAUCUCAAAAAAUCGUCAAGGAAACGUUUUUGAGAGCGGCUCCGCGUAAAUAUCAACUAGACGUGGAAAUAGUCAAAAAAUGACCUGGCCUCAAACUAAGCCAGAAUAAAGCCCUAUGGGCCCUAGUUACAAAAUCGUUGGUUUAAGUACGAUCGAGUGAAUAAUAUUUUGUUAACGAAUUUUUUUCUUCUCGAGGCCUAAAAUAGGAAAAAAUCAUGCAAAAUUAUACAGGAAAGAUAGUAAAAACAUGAAGUGUCAUUAUAUUUUAGUAGCCAACUUUAUUUUAAAAUGUACUUACUGAAUAUGACUCUAAUUUCGAAUGAUUUUUUCCCAUUUUAGGUCUCGGGAAGAAAAAAAUUCGUUAAAAAAGUAUUAUUCACUCGAUCGUACUUAAACCAAAGAUUUUGUAACUAGGGCCCAUAGGGCUUUAUUCUGGCUUAGUUUGAGGCCAGGUCAUAUUUUGACUAUUUCCACGUCUAGUUGAUAUUUACGCGGAGCCGCUCUCAAAAACGUUCAGACGCCGUACUUUUCAUGUACCGAACCUAACUGAAUAAGUUCGACUUUGGAGCGACACUGGCGCGACAUCUGAUUCAGACGGCGUACCGUGUGUCGAACCUAAGUUAAUUUCGACAAAAGUUCGACAGACUCUGUCGAACUUAACGCUUUUGCCGCACCAAACUAAAACUGCCGUACCAAAUUGAUUCAGACGCCGCUCUCAACGUAACUUCAACAAGAUUGGCGAAUGUUAUUCAGAAAAUUAUUUUCAUUUGAUCCCAAAAUGUCCAGUUUGUGUUUUAGACAACUCUUUAGUGACAGUUUAUUUUGUUUUUGCCGCAAAGCUCGGAUUUUCGAACAAUGUGCUGUCGUCUCCCCCCGUUUUUCCGCCCGUCCUUGUUCUUAGAUCAAAACUUACCUGACACUUGCUUUCAAAUCCUUGUAACGUUUUUAUCCUUAUCCUAACAUGGAGAAGAAAAUAGCUCACGAAUUAGGAUUGCCGGAGUAACACAGUUAAUUUCGCUGCGACAAUUACAUUUCAAUUCUGCGGAAAGUGCUUUAUUGGUAGUAAACGAGCUCCGCUAAAAACGCCUGCGUGGGAGGCUACACGUAAGCGGAAGUUCAGAAAUUCGAUGAGGUUCGUUGCUAUGGUGUGACGUCAUAAACCGGUUAAGUUUGACAGCUUGAAAGGUCCAGCUAGGCUAAGAAGCAGGCAGAAAAGCAAUAGCCCGCGGCAAUAGCGUCAGUCAUUUUCCGGGCGCUAAUUUCUCUAAUCAAAAAAACUGCCUUUUUUGUACAAUAUCUAUUCCUGCUGAGUAUGAUGAAGUCUGUUUUUUAAGGAAUCGGAUCGACUGCUGACAUUUAAAGAUUGGAUUUCAUAUUAGGUUGAGCAGGCAAAAGUGGGAAAGUUCAGUUUUCCCGCGGUCGCGUGCAGCAAUGGGUCCCUUCGAACUUUGGAGGGUUGAAUUGCUGCACUCUUCUUCAGAUGCUGAUAAAUCGUGGUCAUCGAAGCAAUGGUAUGUUUUGGAUGCCAAGAUAUGUGGAGGGUACGUUAGCAAGUUCUUGUCAAGCAGCCCAUUAGUUUUGAAUUUUCCGAGUGAAUUUACCUCGGUGCAGCGCUCAGAGUUGAAAACUGGCGGGAUUUUGGAUGACCGGCACUUUCAAGACAGCAAAGUGGCAAUCGCCUCUCUGUUUGGAGUUGUCUCUGCCAUUCUGCGGCAGAAAUUUAAAGAGCGAGAAGCGGCGAAGUAUCGCUUGCUAGUCGAUGCGAUAAAUUCGCUUAAAAUUGGAAGAACCGAAAUGUAGACAAGCGACAUCGACAUUCGACCAGAGUCAAGCGGGACCGACCUUCUGCCUCCUUCUUCUUCAGCGACUGAAAGGGAAAAGGAUCGACUUAAAGCCCAUCUCGAUCAAGCCCAGAGGCAGCUAGGAUCGCUGUCUGAAGAAGUUAAGAAAUUGAAGCAAGUAAUCGAAAUAAGCGAGCUCUGGAAACUGUAUUGGGUGACAGUGGUGUCAAGUUCCAAUCGCUUCGAGUGCCGGACUGGACUUUAUUGUAUUUUAAACUGCAGUCAAGGAUCCCAGACCAAGCCCGGCAAACGUUACUUAACAUCUCCAAGCUAGGAUGAACCGGCGUAAGUCAUUAAGUUAAAGUUUUGUAAAAGGUUUGAAAAACUAAUGUUGCUGUCUUUCUAAGGUUGUAAAUGUUUGGAUUUCUGCGGGCCCAGUUGUUCGAACGUUGGUUAGCGUUAACCCGGGUUUAAAUUUAACCACCCUUUCUUUUUCUUUUUAUCAUGACCACUCUCUCGGAUAAUUUUCCCUACUCUUUUUAAAGUAUCCAAUCAUCAAAAUUAAUUGUAGGCAAAGAGAAAUAAACUGAAUGUGCUUUUUAAGCUUUCAUAGUUGAGUUCAAAUUUUGCACUAACCUAGGGUUAUCUUAACCUGGCUUCGAACAACCCGGCCAGGCAUCUAAGAACACAUUAAUUAGUUUGUGCUAAUGACUGACUGAAUUAAGCAAGCUCAACUAAUACUUGGUUAAGUUAGUAUUAAGGUUAAUUAAUAUCGUUAAAAGUCUACUUAAUCUUAAGUAUCUGCAUUCGAUUAGUCUUAAGCUUAUUUGCGAUAGUUUUUUUGGCUACAGGAAGAGCAAUCAAAUUUAAUUUCAUACCUGUAUUUCACUUGCUGAGGUUCAAAGAGUUUUUUUCAGUUUUUUUCUAUCACAAAGCCAAUAACCCUUUUGAAGCAAAUAUUUGUUUUUGUAAAGGUGUUUAGGUGCUGUAAUACGUUGCGAAAGUAGAAACUCAAAAGAAUCAAUAGUUUCUUAGUUUGAAUUUUGGUGACGUAAUGUGAAAAUUAACUGAUAACUAUUAAACUCAGAUGCUUACAUUUCUGACAAUCCUGAAAAUCUUGGUUGCCGCCUUUUUGAACCCUGUUUAAUGCUCUGAUGAGCAAACAACAAAGUCGGCUAUGUGAAAAGAACAUCAGAAACGUGAACCCCUUUUUGUUUUGCCUAACAAUGCCGCCUUGCCUAAGUUGCUAAAGCCUAGCAGUGAAAUCAACUGUCAAACAUUUGUUUGAAUUCAUAGUCUACCUGUUUUCGUAGCAAAAGAGGCUAUGGCAUUUUUGAAUCGCACUGUUUAAUUGAGUAACAGAAAAGGCGUAAUAUUAUUCAGUGUUCCAGUCAAUUCUUUCAAGUGGGCGGCCAUGUAAAGCAUAUGAGGGGUCACGAAGACCACAUGCUAAUUUUUUUGUAUUAUUUAACUUAAACUUAUAUGUCAUCUGUCUGGUCAGGAAGCCUUCUUUGUCAGUUCAUUGACCCAAGACCUGCCUCUUAUCUGGAACAAAGAUUAUUACAGAGGGCAGCUAUACAAUCCUACUUAUAUCAUUUCUCAAUGUCUCUUUUUUACCUGUUCUCCCCCUGUCCUUAUCAUAAAGAGCUAUAACUCCACCAAAGCAAGUUAAAUGUAGCAUCCUAUUCAAGAAGCAUCUUUCUCUCCAUUUGUCUCUGUAGGCUAAAACUGACAUUCCAAUCCUUUUGAAUAAGAAUCAACUAAAAGCGUUGCGCCAGAUGGUAUUUGGUGUGGUAAAAAAAGCUUUAGGCAUCAGUCCCUUACCAGAUGGAGCACCACAUGGCUACCAGGUAAACCUGUCAGCAGCAGUGGCCUGGGCUGCUAGAGAGGCUUGACUGCAAGACCCUGAUAAGGAAGAUCUAGAUCUCAAGCUAGAUGGAAGACCAUUUUGUGGUAGGUUUGACAAUAAUUUUGGUUCAUGCAUUAAGAUUUACAGAAAAACAGCACAAUUUUUUUGCCCAGCAUUUGGUUACCAAAUUAAAGCCUCAGUUACUUACUUAUGUCGAGGUUCUGUGAGUUUUAUUUCUUGUCUGUAAAGUGACAUAUGCAUUGAUCAGCUCUGUCAUCAUCAAAUUAAUGUUACUUGUGCAGUUCACUUAAGACAUCAAUCAUAAUUACUACAAUGUCAGUUAGUGAUUGUUUUAAACUAUUAUUAAGUCACCAAAUGAUUACCAAUUGUUACGUUACAGAGUGUUCGUAUGCUUCCUUGCCUUCAUAGGUCGGCACCUGGUAUUGUUUGGCAUUGUGCCUAUCGAUGUUGAACAUGCUUCAAGUGAAAGCUGUAAAAGUAUCUACCCAGUGGCUGUUGCUAAUUCCCAAGAAAACAGGUUAGAACCUGGGUUGUCACUAAGAUUUCAAGUUGCCGGGUAUUUGUUGUUAGUAGCCGGGGAAGUCGCAAGUUUUUUAAGUGCAACUUCUACCGUUUUCCAAAAGGCAUUACUGCCCCAAAAAAGCAAUCUUUAUCAAGAGUACAGCUAUCAUUAGCGGUUUUAUGAUGAUCAUGUCUUUAUUAAAGAAAACUACGACAUUCUGAGACACUAAAUUAAUAAGUUUUUACUUUACGGAAAGGCUUGUUGGAGGGUUUUUUUAGUGGCCGCCAGAUGGGAAUAUACAUGUAAACACCGGGUCUGAAAAAAAUGACAGGUAGGCACCGGUCACGUCAUCCGCACUGUCUUAUGUUCACGCAGACAAGGCGUAUGCUGGCCAGUAAAGUGUUAAAUCACAACAAUAGUUGACAAAUGUUAAAAAUGUGGAAAGGACAAUCGAUUAUUAUAUGGUGCAAAUGGCCGUUAAAAGGGGGAGGGUCAUGCUAAUAUGUGUCCGUGAUCAUGUAGAGGUUCACCCACAGAAGAAAAAAGAAGUUCUUUAUUUUGUAAAAAAAACCUGGGAGAAAUAGGAGUCGAGUGAUCAGCUGUCAGAAUCAGAGUCGGACUCAGCUUAAUGCUGUCAUCUAAAAUGUAUGUAUAUGGCAUUACAAAAACAGGUUAGAAAUAUAUUUUGAGCUCUCAUAAUACUGACUCACCCUAGGAGAUUUUAUCAUAUAUACAAGACGGGGGGGGUCAUGAUAUUUUAGGCCAAGGUCAAGAGGAGGGUUAACCAAUUUCACUCCCAUUCCAGGGAUGGGUCAUCUCAUUUCCGCACCCAAAUUUAAAAUUCCCACCCCCCUCCCCCCCUGCUAAUUUCUGACAAGUCCCUUCAUCUGAUCACGUGUGUUUUGACCAUCUGUCACGUGAAACUUACACAAAGCACAGUGUUGGAGCAAAAGCGUUUGAACCUCCGGUCGUUGUCGCCCACACUCCCUAUCCUUUGGUUAUUACUAUUUUUAUGAUGUGGUAAACAUGUGGUUAUUAUGUAGGCUAGAGUUGACCUUCUUUGAUAUAACCUCACAUGCUGUAUUAUAUAAUCUCAUUUUUCUUGUGCUAAAACUACUACUUUUAAACCAUGAAAUAAGAAAAGUAAAGAGGUUUGUAUCUAAACAAGGUAAACCUCAGCCUCGCAUUCACUCAAAGGCUUGAAUACUAAGCCCUCAAUCAUAAAAUGGUCUAUUAGUGGGUCUAAUUUAUUUCUUAAUCAAGUUCUACAUGCCAUUUGUUUGUAGGGAUGUGCCUGUCCUGGCGUUCCUUGUGGCUAAGCCUGGGCUGAUUGUUUCCUAAAAAGCAAACCCAAUAUUGGGGGUAGGUUCCCGUGUUUUCCUGUAUCAAGUUACACAAAAAUGUGCAACUUAUAGUGUGGUAAUUUACUUUUUAGAAAGAAACAUAUUUUGAGUCACUUUGAAAUUCUACUUUCCUGUAUCUUGCAGUAAGUCGGUUUGGGCCGUAAAAAUGGAAGUGACAUUGUUAGUUCUUAGAGUUUUUCUUUUUCUUUCAUGACAGAUGGAAGGGUUUAAGAGAUGACUUGCUCUUUCUCCUUGAAGAGGAGCUAUGUGAUAUGAAUUUGUGUGCUCUGCAUUGCGAGCUCACAAACACUGAGCAAUUGUUAAUUUCACUUGGGAUGUUUGCCUAUGACUGUGGAAGCCUCAAGGACUGCAAUUUGUACUUGAAUUCAAAAAUAGGGGAUUAUUUUUUGCGUUGUUGGCUUUGUGCCUUUGGUUUGAUCCUUAGAUAGGGUAACCGAAGUAGUAAUUGAUGGUUUGGUUUAUUAUCCUUUCCAUUUUGUGGAAAAAAAUCCUGAAAAGGCUCGGAAAAAUGAGUUGUUCGCAUGGAAGGAGAAUUUUUUGCUAUCCCCACGGUAUUUCCUUUAGAGUGCUCCAUAGAAAAAAAUGCUAACUAUCAAAAUCCUAUUUACAAUUAAUUCGCUUGAAAAAAAGAAAAAAACUAUUCAUUCAAAACACUAUUUACAAUUCCUGUCGAUUUCUAGAUCCUGUCCUUAACAUCUAAGUUCCUCCUUCUCGGGGUUCUCGAUCCCCUUAGGCAUAGGAGCGCGCUCCACAAAAUUGCAAAGGACACUUUCGCCCUGACCCAUGAAAUUGUUUCAAGAUGGAAUGAUACUCCUUUUGCUCCUACAUUGGACCAAAUCAAGAGAGAAUAAUGGACCAAAAUUAAUGGUCAGCCGGCUAAGUGUAUCAGCCCAAGUGACUUUUAUAAAAACAGGUACAUACAAAGGUAUUAGACAGGUACUAAUUGGUGUUGAAAUUGUUUAUUUGCAGAAAAUUACAUUUUGAAUUUUUCCAGGCCUCGUCAGAUGAAGUUGGCCAAAAUAUAGAAGCCACUAAUACUUCUUUUAAGAUUGUGCGUUAGACAAGGACGGUGUUGUGUCGACCUGUUGUAAGAUCUAAAAAGGAAAGCUUUCCCGGUGUCCUUAUUUGAUUGAUGUAAGGAUAAAUGUUACGAUUUGUGGAAAUUAAAUGCCUUUUAACAAUGGGUCGUUUGUGUCUAGUGUGUCUAGAUUCUGUACUCUGACAACGCUCUGUCCAGCGGCACAUCCCCCUAUUGGCCAUAUAAGGGAGUACGCCCCCCAGGUAACCAUUGCAUGUAAACCAUCUAGUACAAUAGCCCGGGGAGGGGGUACUGCCAUAUAUGGGCUAAUAGCAGUUUACUCUAGGAUAGGGUAUAUAAAUCAGAGC